AUGAAACACUCAGAUGGGAAAUAUCCUCUAGGGCAAUGGAGUGUGCUGCACCAGGCCGCCACAUGUUUCAGUCGCUACGAUAUUCGUACUGCACUACUCAUAAGGUUGCUGAAAAUUCGCCGACAGCCCACGACCGGUUUCGUCCUUCUUGGGGCUCAUCAGUCACCGUUGAGGAGCUACGGAUAUUGGGAUCUGGCUCACGUCACGGAUUCCACAUACACGCGCACAACUACCCGCAAUCUUCGAAGAUACUCCACGUCGCCUACACGAAACGGCAACCCGCGACGAGUUCUAUCCUCUGCAACCACUUCUGCAAAGAUCGGUGAAGAUUUACGGGCGCUAUCGAGAAACCUGUCCGCGCAAGUUUCACCAUUGAAACCCUCUUCGCUGCGGAUCGAUAAUCACUGGCCUUCCGAGUUGACUGCGUUCUCAACUUCUGCUAAGCGGCUAGCGCGCACGCUAGUCCGAGUAUGGACCAAGUGGAAAGGGAGCGAAUUUGCUGACCAGAAGGUCCGUGGUUCGAACCCGACCUCUGCUUCUCGAAUUCCCCUGUCUAGGCUUGGGCAACCUGGCAGUACCCCGGCCCUCGUGCCUCCUUCGUGUAGCAUGGCAGCUAGGCAGCUAAACGCUAGCCACAAAUACGUCUCCAUCUUUUAA